UCCAAGAUGACAUGGCCAGCUGCUCCAAAUGCUUAACCAUCUCCAAGGAGGAGAAUUCUAAUUCUGAAGAAAAUUCAGACGAUUUUGUAAUUUCCCAAUUUUACAGUGUUCCUAAUUGCAAUUAAAAUUUUGAGCUUUAAGUCCUUCAUCUUUUCUAAUUUCCACCUGAGUUCCCCAGAUCUUAGAACCUUUCCACCUUUUCACUUUCCCCCUAAAUUCCAUGUAAGUGAGCAAAGUAAACACUCUCUAGAGUAGUAGAGUGUGUCUUUUUCCCACCCAAAUCACUCUCCUAAAACCCUAAUUCACUUUCCCCAAACCCUCCAAAAGCAGCUUAAUUUCCUCUAAUUUCAAUCCCAAAAUCAUGCCCAAUUCCCCAAAUUAGGGUUUCCAGUUCCCCAAUUACCCAAUUCCCCCCAACCCCAAGCAUGUCCUCCGAAGAAUUGGGUCUGGUUUCGACCCAGAACGGGCUCAACUCUCCAAUCGUGUUCCAAGACGACAACUUGCGAUUCAAUUGCGGAGCUACGCCGCAGCGCCGGGUCGGGGACACGGGUCCCAAGACCCGCGAGCUCACCGGGUUCAUCGACGACCGGUUCUUCGCGCCACAGAGCUCGGACUUCCGGCGGAGCAUGUAUAGCGAGAACCUGGAUCGGCGGGACCCGCCCGAGCCGCGAAACUGGAACUCGAACGGAGCUGAUACGACGCCGAGUGGCGAGGGAUCGGACGACGACGACGAUGACGACGACGACGACGAUGAUGACGUGGACGACGAUGAUGAAGGUGAUGGCGGGCUUGUCGGAGUGGAGAGCAGAAACAAGGGCAUUGCCGGUAACAAUGGGAGUAAUGGGGAGGACAAAAUGGGAAACGGGAAAGUUAAGCAUCAUCAGCAGCAGCACCUUUCUUCUUUUGGUGGGACUGUAAUAGUAGGAUCAAGUAGAGAAGUGUUGGUGAAAGAACAUAGUGCUGGGCAGCAAACAGUGAAUAACAACACAAGGGCUAGUCCCAGUAGUAAUGCGCAGCAAGGAAGACUGGGGAAUUACCACAAUGCCGUCACGGUUGCUGAACCGGAUGGCGACAUGUAUUAUUCGCAGUAUCUGCAGGGCUCUGACGGGUCUGGUUCUGCUCCGAAGGAUUUGGUUGUGGAAAAUGGUUGUGGUCUUAGUGGAAGAAAGGAUGUUAUGUACUCGAGCGAGUCUGGAGACUCUUUGAGGGCCAUUCUCUCUGAUCCUGUGACGGGAGGUCUGAUGGACGACGCAAUGAUAUUGCCUUGUGGACAUUCCUUUGGAGGUGGUGGAAUUCAGCAUGUUAUGAGAAUGAAAGCUUGCUGCACGUGUUCUCAGUCGAUUUCAGAAGACUCAAUUGCUCCAAAUCUUUCUCUUCGAGCUGCUGUACAGGCAUUCCGUCGGGAAGAAGAGUUACAGUUUUAUCGCUCAUCCAAAAGAAGAAGAGAAAGGUUUGACCAGGAAAAGGGUGGUGGUGGUGAUUUAGCUUUCAUGGAUUCUCCAAGGGGUAGAGGUGUUCAGUUUCCGUUCGCUGUGACUGACAGAGUUAUUAUAAAGGGGAACAAGAGGACACCACAACGCUUCGUCGGACGCGAGGCUGUUGUGACAACACAAUGCUUAAACGGAUGGUAUGUGGUAAAGACGUUGGAUAACGCAGAGAGUGUGAAAUUGCAGUAUCGCUCCCUUGCCAAGGUAGCCGACGACCCAACAUCCAAGCCAACGUCAAGCAAGAUGGCACCUAACUGGCUGUAGGCCAUACUACUUCGUCGGCAAUAUGCCACGCUAUAACUAACUUGGUUGUUUAAGAAGUUUCUGCCUCUGUUUAAGUUGUAUUUUAUCACGAGCAAACAUGGUGACGUUCCGCGUUGUAAAUUAUAGAAGCCCCUACAAAUGUGAAUUUAGAUUGUAAAAAUUAUGUAUCUAUGUGUCUUUAUGUUGAGCUCUGUUGUAUUUGAAUCCUGUGUAAACCUUUGAAGGUUGAUAUUCCAUUCUUUGCUUAUAUGCCCCUUGCA